GUCCCAUGUGCUACGCCGCGUGUUCUCGUAGAGUCCUUCAUUAUCAGCCUCAUUUAUCCAUUAGACUUAUAAGAUCAGAGACAGGUACUUCCGAAGUUCUAUGGAAUCAUUCGCCACCCUACGAUUAGGCGUUGUUCCUCUUCUCUUAUCUUUAGCUUGGCCGACAAUUCGCAUGUCAACUCUCGAUCAUGAGAGCAUUGAUUCCAUUCACGUUACGGCCCACUUAAGACCCUCCCUCUUUAUCUUUGGGCCCUCCUACGUAUGAGUAUCACGCGACGCAACGGAAUGUGGGGCUUAUCGUGUCUCUGAGAGAAGUGAUAUCUUCCCUGUUUAACUACGACCAUGAUGCUGCCAACUGCACUGGAAGGAAAACCAGAAUCACUUCAUACUGACGAGAAGACUUUAGAGACCCAGGUCUUCGAAGAGCCAGCACCAGUGGAAGAGUCGGAAUACCCUGCCACCCGAACAAUCGACAAGUUGACAAGAUGGCUUUCAAAAUGGGGGGUGGAAACUCAAGGAAUCACACCCACUCCAUUAGAGCAACGGACAGAUCCGCGCAUGUACCAAAUGUUCUUUGCUUGGUUCUCUGCCAAUGCGAAUAUCUUAACAUUCGGAGCGGGGACGGUUGGCCCUGCGUUUUUCAAUCUCGGUCAACGAACAUCAUUCUUGGUUAUAUUGGUGGUCGAUAUCAUUUCCUGUGCCUUCCCGGCAUUCUUUGCGACCUUCGGUCCAAAGCUAGGAACAAGAGCUAUGGUGCAAAGCCGGUUCUCUUGGGGGUACUAUGGUGCAAUCAUUCCGAGUAUUCUGAACGUAAUCUCAAUGCAAGGCUACUUGAUCAUAAAUUGUAUUGUUGGCGGCCAAACCCUUGCAAGCAUAUCCAACCAUCUCUCCCCUGCAGUUGGUGUCGUCAUCAUAGGGCUGGUAUCUUUUGCGGUGACAUUCUGCGGCUAUCGGGUUCUGCAUUGGUAUGAGAUGAUAGUGUGGAUUCCCAACGUCAUUGCCUUUAUCAUAAUGCUCGGUGUUGGAGGGAAAUCCCUAGUUCAAGCACCUGUCGCCGACCCAUCUCCUGCGGAUGCCGCUACUGUACUCACGUUUGGUGCUACUCUUGCAGCCACUGUUGUUAGCUGGUCUACUAUCACCCCCGAUUACGGUGUAUACCAUGAUGGGCACGCCUCAAGCCUUCGUAUAUUCUUCUAUGCAUAUCUUGGCUUCCUGGUGUCGAGCGUUCCUGCACACCUUCUGGGUGCGGCUUUCACCGCUGCCUCCGUUUCAGUCCCAAGUUGGCGUGCAGGCCUGGGAAAUGGCAACGACGUAGGAGGCCUCAUCGCUGCAAUACUAAGUCCAACAGGAGGGUUUGGCAAGUUCCUUCUGGUGUUACUAUCCCUAACUACUACUAGCGCUUGCGCGCCAACAUUGUACACGGUCUGCACGAGCUUCAUGACCAUAUCAUCUGUAUUUGCCCACAUUCCUCGCUUCGUGAUCGCCAUCCUUUCCACCACAAUCUUGAUUCCCGUUGCCAUUGUCGGUGCGGCGCACUUCUAUGCAACCUUCGUACAAAUACUUAGUUUUAGUGGGUACUGGUUAGCUCCUUUCACUGCGAUCGUUCUCACGGAGCACGUCGUCUUUCGCCGAGCCAGAUGGUCUUCAUAUGAAGUUCAAAAGUGUUGGAACCAGCCUGCACGUCUUCCCAGCAGCUUACCGGCCGUCCUUACCUUUAUCACCACCAUUGGCAUUGUCGUUUUGUGCAUGGAACAGGAAUGGUGGACUGGGCCCAUAGCCAAGGCAGGUACUGGAGACGUCGGAAUAUUGGUAGGCUUCGUCAGCGCGGUCUUCAUCUAUGCUGGGUUUAGGGCGAUGGAUAUACGCUACCGUUCUCGAACGGUGACAAGCAAAUCGAACAUUUUUGGAGCAUAGGCAUAGGCGAAAACUGUACCAUCCAGAUUUAUAGUUUCA